CUGUGUGCGUUAGUUUGCACGUGUUGUAAUUCCGUGACCCAUUGUUAUUCUAUAGCAGGAUUUUAGGGUUAUUCUGUGGAUGUGUCUGAAGAUUGUGCAACCAAGGAACGAGUGUGAUGACAUUGAACCGUGCAAAGGAGAAGAGUAGGCGUAUUUCAUUAUGGAGGAUGUAGAAGAAGGCCAGUUCGACGAAGCAGAUGAUCUUACUGUAAUGCCUACCACUAGAGGAAAGCCUGUGCUGAGGGCAAACUUGCUGAAUGAUAUUGCAGAUCUCUCUAUAGAGCAGGAAGAUGAUGAAUUCUCAAGUGACUGUGGUGAUGAUUUUGAAGAUAACUUCAGUGCAUGGGCUAUGAAGUCAGGAGGUGCCAAGGAGUAUGGUGUUUCUGUGAACAACAGCUACCAGCCCCAAGAGAAACAGUUGAAACGCUUCAUUAACAAGAUAAAUGUAGAAAAAUAUGAGGGUCCAACAUUGCCAAACCAUGCAGCGAACAUGCUGAUAGAAAGCAGUCGAAAGUUUGAGGCUAAAAGGAUUCAAACCAAAGACAAACAUGACAGGGCAACAGCUGAACAGGUGAUGGACCCAAGAACUCGCAUGAUCUUGUUCAAGCUGCUUAACCGAGGGACUAUCACUGCAAUAAACGGAUGUAUCUCCACAGGCAAGGAGGCAAAUGUUUACCAUGCAACUGGCAAGGCAGAUGAGGAUGUGGCCAUCAAAAUUUACAAGACUUCGAUCCUCGUGUUCAAAGACAGGGACAAAUAUGUGUCUGGGGAGUUCAGGUUUCGGCAUGGUUACUGUCGCCACAACCCUCGCAAGAUGGUGCGUACGUGGGCGGAAAAGGAGAUGCGAAAUCUCGUGCGAAUGCACUCUGAAGGUCUGCCUGUACCAACACCUAUCCUGUUACGUGGACAUGUGCUGCUCAUGGGAUUUAUUGGAAAGGAUGGCUGGCCUGCUCCAAAACUUAAGGAUGUGGAUCUGUCGGAGUCAAGGGCACGCCUGCUGUAUCGGGACUGUGUCACCAUUAUGUGGCGCCUCUACAAUUCUUGUAGAUUAGUGCAUGCUGACCUCAGUGAGUUCAACAUGUUGUACCACAGCGGGCAGCUGUUUGCGAUAGAUUUUGCACAAGCUGUGGAGCAUGAUCAUCCUCAUGCACUUGAAUUUCUCAGGAAAGACUGCACCAACAUCUCAGAGUUCUUCAGGAAGAAAGACGUAGCCACAAUGACAGUGAAAGAACUGUUUGACUUCAUUACCGACCCUACAAUCACAGACAGCAAUAGGGAUGCCUACUUGGACAAGAUGUCCGAAAGGGCAGCUGCUCGAAUGCUAGAAGAAGUGACAGCACAGGAACAGAUUGAUGAGGAAGUCUUCAAGAAAUCUUUCAUUCCCAGGAGACUGACGGAAGUGGUGGACGCUGAACGAGACAUUGAGAGAGCUCAGUCGGGAGGUGACCUUGUGUAUCAGACAGUAACUGGGCUGCAGCCACAAGACACUGUGCAGGAUGACGGUGAAAGUAGUAGCAGCAGUAGCGACAACUCUGAAUCAUGUAGCAAUUUUGUUAACAGUUCCCGACCAAGAGAUGAAUCUCUAGAGAGUAAAAAGUUGCGGAAGAAAACUGUGAAAGAACAGAAAGCAGAGAAGAGGAAGACUAAAAUUAAAAAGCAUGUCAAGAAAAGGAAAGAGAAGUUACAGCAGAAAAAGAAAUGAAUGAAAUGUAAAUGGUUAAAUAAAGCAUCCACUUGUAUAAAACGUGCACAUCCAACAUA